AUGAAUAGAUCACCCGGAGAGUUCCAACGAUACGCAAAGGCCUUUCAAAAACAAUUGUCCAAGGUACAACAACCUGGAGGAAGAGGCCAAGUGCCUUCACCAAAGGGGGCAUUUGCAGGCCUUGGGGGCUUGCUUUUGCUUGGAGGUGGCGCGUUGUUCAUUAAUAAUGCAUUAUUCAAUGUAGAUGGUGGUCAUAGGGCCAUUGUUUAUUCCAGAAUACAUGGUGUUUCCUCAAGGAUAUUCAAUGAGGGUACUCAUUUCAUAUUCCCUUGGCUUGACACGCCAAUUAUUUAUGAUGUGAGAGCAAAGCCUCGUAACGUUGCUUCCUUAACAGGUACCAAAGACUUACAAAUGGUGAAUAUUACCUGUAGGGUGCUUUCUAGACCGGAUGUUGUGCAAUUGCCCACUAUAUAUAGAACUUUGGGCCAGGAUUACGAUGAAAGAGUUUUGCCUUCCAUUGUUAAUGAAGUGCUAAAGGCUGUGGUGGCCCAGUUUAAUGCGUCACAACUAAUCACUCAAAGAGAAAAGGUCUCUAGGUUGAUUCGUGAAAAUUUGGUUCGUCGUGCAAGCAAAUUCAAUAUCUUGCUGGAUGAUGUUUCUAUUACAUACAUGACUUUUUCGCCGGAGUUCACCAACGCUGUAGAAGCCAAGCAAAUUGCUCAGCAAGAUGCCCAAAGAGCCGCAUUUGUGGUUGAUAAAGCCAGGCAAGAAAAACAAGGUAUGGUGGUGAGGGCACAAGGUGAAGCCAAAUCUGCCGAGCUGAUUGGUGAAGCCAUCAAAAAAUCGAGAGACUAUGUGGAAUUGAAAAGACUAGAUACAGCCAGGGACAUUGCGAAGAUCUUGGCCAGCUCUCCAAAUAGAGUCAUCUUGGAUAACGAAGCAUUGUUGCUAAAUACUGUAGUGGAUGCAAGAAUUGAUGGGAGAGGCAAAUAA